UGGUAAAGGUCUCUUAAGCAUUGUAUCAUAGGACGCACUUCCAUGUCCGCGUGGAGCCUUUGGAGCUCCGCGGUCAUACUGGCCAUAAUGAUACACUUUACAUCUCGCGCGUCGUCCUCAUACUUCUUGAAGGAAGUGAGUUCGGACGCACGAGCAUUAGCAUCAGGGGUCUUGGGAGGAUCCGUUUCGAGGAUGUAGAGUUUCCUCUCACAGUUAAGAACGAUUCGGAGGUUCAUCUCCCAGUCAAGAAAGUUGGUCCCGGAUAACUUGUUGUUUUCCAGGAUGUAGCGCAGGUUGAAAGGGUUGUUGUUGUUUGCCAUCUACAGAAAAUUUUGCAAACUAGGUUAUCUAUCAUGUUUAAUAAUUAAUUAGGCCUUUAAUUAAUUAUCUCCCACUAUUUUUAACAAAUCAAUAACCCUCGAUAUUGAUUCGGAGAUUUCCGGCGAAACCUCUAGUGAGCCAAGAUCCAUAUUUCAUUAUCUUGCGUUCCGCUUGGGCGUUACUCCACAAGACAACUAUUUAGGUAGGAACAUAGUUCCAACUGAUGAGCCGGGCUCUCAGCUCUUGGUCUGGUGUUGGGCGAACAAUAUUACUACAAUCGGACCAGGACACCUUUUCACCGUACUUCAAAUACAGCAACUUUUUUUAUGACAAGCUCUUGGACUUCACGAAACUUAUAAACAGCACAACUAUGUCAACUCUCUUCCUACAUAAAAGUAUCAUCGAAAAUGGCUUGUAAGUACCUGUUUUUUUCUUUCUAUUGUAUCGAAUGUUCAAACAAUAGUUUUACAAUAUAUCAUUAGCAAUGUUGAUUAAAUGCUGCUAGGAAAUGAAUUUUUAUGAGGUCAGUAUUUAUGUGUUUGUUGUGUGAUUGGCCUUUUUGAUUCUUUAAUACUUGCAAUUUUAUCAAUUUUUAAAAAAGAAAAAACAUCUCCAAAUUCCAAAUAUCAACUUAAGAAAAACCCCUCGUGUUGUGCGAUGAGAAGGUUGAAGAGAAAGUAAAGUUGUUUCUCUGAAUUUCAGCAAAAUGUUAUCCUUUAGGAGUGUUUAUGCAUCUUCAUAUGCUGAGAUACGAGUAAUGUUGUUUGCACCGUCUUAAAUUUGUUAUACAACUCCAAUUUCAAGAGUUUAACAUUUUGUUGGAUCUGUUAUUCAUGCUUUAGAAUUGAUGCAGUUUUCAACGCGAUUAUAAUAUACUAAGUGAUUUUCAAUGCUUAUCAUCGGUCAUUUGGAAAUUGUAGUUUUAUCUUUUAAACAUAUUACAUCCGGCCCCCUUUACUCUGCGGUAGGUGGGAGUCUUUGAGGCAUUGGCAUAAUAUUAUGUUUUAUUAUGAGAUAUUAUUGAUGUUGAAUCACUUUUUGCCAGUCAUGAUAGAUUCAAUUAAUAUCAUAAUUUUAUAGUAGAAAUGUCAAUGACAUAUUGUCUAUCUUAUAUUGGCUAUUCAUGUUACUGAGGUGCCAAAAGUGACUUGAGGAGAAGUAGGAAUACACCCUUUGUCCUUUGUUUCUUCCUCCAAUGUAUGCAUCUAUUGAAGGAGCAGUAGGAAUACACCUUAUCUUGAUAUUGAAGGAACAAAGGACUAGAGGAUGAUUGAAGGAGUAGUUUUGGUGAAGGCAGAUGAUUUCUUUGUGUGUAUCAAUAGAUGAUGUUGAAGACAUAUGAUGGACAGAAAUGAGAGAAAUAGAAGAUGUGUAGGGCCUUUCAAUUAUAGAGAGUGAGGAAGCUAAAAUAUAAAUUAUUCUAUUUUUUAGCUUUCCAAUCAGAGCAUACAUUUGAGAUUUUAUCCUCCAAAUUAUUUAUAAAAUAGCAUAUAUUGGAGGUAUAUAAUACUACGCCUAAAGUUUGUAGUAGUGUUCUUUUUUGUAUAGAUACUUCAAAAAAAACUCAGUAUUCCAUAUUUUUACAUAGUAGAUAUUUUUUCCGUGUUGGUACUUAUUGCUUUAUUGUUAAUAAAUAAUUCUUAACUUAUAAGCUGCUUUUAAGUCUAAUAUUCUUUCUAGAGGUGAGCAAGUAUCGAGCCGAUACUAAAAUUUCUCGAAAAAACUGAGAAUACUGAACUGAAAAAUAUCGAGCCGAAAAAAUAUUGAGAAAGAAUCGAACCGUACCGAACUGAAUGGUCGGUACGUUGUUGAAGAAGAUGAAGAAAGUGAAGAAAUUGGAGCUUGAAGGAACCAUGACCGGAGUUGGAGACCGCCGCCCAUCGUCGACUGGAGCUGCAACCGCUACCGUCGCCGCUGCUUGUUGUCGCCUCCUUCACCGCCCACCGCCGCGGCCUAAGCCGCGGCUCACUCUCCCGGCGUUCCCCAUUUUGAAGCUUUAAUCCAUCACCAAUUUAUAGCAAGAUAGAGCUUUUUAGCGUUGAAUUUUUUCCCGUUGGAGACUUCAAUGUUGGACCGUUACACUUUUGCCUGUUGCGCGAUGGAGAAGAAGCAGAUUCUUCGUUUCUUUUUUUUCUUUUUGUUGCGUGAAGAUAAAGUGGAAGGAGGAUAGGAGAGUUGGGCUUGUUUCUUGUUGUUGGGUUUGGGCUCCGGGCCUAAGUUCAUUUUUUUUUUUCAAACUUGAACUCUGUUUUGGCCUUCUGUUAUAUUUUUUUCCAAAAAAAUAAGAUAUCUUAUAACUUGGGUUAAGAAAAACAAAAUAAAAAUAAUAUUAUGUAAAAAAAUGAUUAAAAAGCUACUAUUUAUGAAAGAAAAUAAAAAGAAUGUAAAAAUAAAAACUAAAAUAAAACUAAGCUAAAAAACUAAAAGUUUAAUACUAAAAAUAUUAAAAAUACCUAAAAAAGAACUAACCCAAACCCGACUUAUCAAAUACCUCCACACUUAAGACUUGAGCGUCCUCGUUUAAAAGACCAAGAAAAUAGAUUUCUUUUUUAUCAUCAUCAAGAAGAACAAAAUGUAACUUACACCCCCACAUUUAAGACUUAAUGCCCAUAGCAUUUUAAAAACAAGGUGAGCUAAAAGUUCUAUAAGGAUGGAGAUCUAAAAUAUAGAUUAUUUGGGUUCUAAAAUGCUCUAAAGUUGCCACAAAAAAGUUUCCUAAGGGAAUCCUAUAGUUCAAAACACCUCAAUGGCAACGGUAGCAAAAUUGUUUUAAAAACCUAAAUAAAAAAUCAAACAAUUUCUAAAAAGUAAAAAACUCUUAAAACUACUUUUUUUAUAUUCUAAAGAUCACAUGAGGUUAUUAAAACAGCAUCUAGAUAAUAUGUGGAUGACCAAUUAAAAAAAACAAAAAUACUAAGGAUACCUAGCUAGAAGAAUUUAAACACUUUAAGGUCAUUUUACCAAGAAAAUGGGCAUAAGGCUCAAGAAGAGUAAUAAAGAAUACACUUGUCAACUUUCAGAAUAAAGCCCAACGAAAAAAAUCAGGUUUAUGGUCAAAUUUUAAAAAAAAAUGCUCUAAAUAAAGAGAAAUUCAAUUAAGAAUGAAAAAAAUAUUUGGACCCAAAACCUUUUUAAAAAAGUCUCCAAAAAUAUACUCCCCCAAACAAGGACAUAAACAUGAGAACCUCCCCCCACACUUAAAAUAUGCAUAGUGUUCAAUGCAUCUAUAUGAUAUGCAAAUGAAUAACAACGAAUAAUGAUAUAACAAAGAGAUUAAGACAAGAGAGAAGGGGAUGGAGAGUAAUGAAACAAAAGUAAAGAGGAAAUGAUGGGAAGGAGAAUGCGAAUCUUAAAAAAGUAUACGCGGCAUCAAUUCAUCACCCCCAAUCUUUAUCAUGCUUUUCUUGAACCUAAAAAUCUGCAAAAAAGGCUAAGACCAAGUUUUUUAGCAUUGAAGAACAAAAAAUCAGAUUUAAAAGAAUGUAGAUUUUUCUAAUUUAGUACAUAUAAGCCGUGAAAAGUGUAGAAUUUUCAUUCUUCACUCAAAAAAACAACUUACAAAGUGCAUAUUUUUCAGUUUAUAGCCCAAAAAUCAUAUAAAGCAAAGCAGAUUUUUAAUGGUUUGUAGUCCAAAUUAGCUUGAAAGAUGCAAAAAUUUUCAGUUUCCAGCCCAAAUAAGAUCAAAUCUAAACACCCAAGGAUUAAGAAAAAUGAAAAUUAGUAGCAUACCAACACGCAGGCACUUAGAGCUCCUGUUUCAAAACAGAUUUGCACCCAACAGUGCAAAAUUUUACCCCAAACAACAAUGCUCCAACCUAUAACUUGAUAAAUCUUGCAAAAAGCUCUUAAAGUAGAUGGUUAGAAGCACAAAUGAAGUAAAAAGAAACAAUUAAGCAUUAUAAAUGCAGCAACAUUCUAUCUUUUCAAAUUUAUACCCUUCUUUUGUGUGUUUUUAAGAACUAAGUGAAAGAGAAUAAGAAAAAAAACUAUUAUUA